AAGAAUAGACAGCUUUUCUCGAACGUAUCUUUAUUGAAACGAUCCUUGCAAAUUUGUGCACGGACAAAAAUCAGUGAGUGGACCUGUCAUACCUUAUACCCUACAAUGUUUCAGACGCCGCUAACAGUAGUAACUUUAAGCUGUUUGAUUCAAAGCCGUGUAGCAAACAACUGUCCCCUGCGCGUGGAUUCGACUCAAGUGGAAGCAAAUUUUACCUUAGAUAGGUAUUUAGGCCAGUGGUAUGAAAUUGAGUGGAUGUAUGACGGUUAUGUAGAUCCAGCUUUUUUAUACGAAGACUACACACACGUAUACAGGAGACAACAGGACGGUAAUAUAACCGACACAACACGUGGAAGAGAUCCAGUUCAUAACCACGGAUGUCUCCAGUUUUCUUCUACCAUCUACCUUACAGACACACCGGGAAAGAUGUUGUUUAACUAUUCAAAUCAAGGCGACAUAGUGAAUUACUGGGUAGUAGAGACAGACUAUACCAACUACUCAGUGGUGUAUGAUUGCAAACAACUGAACCCUGACGGCACGUGUAAGACGAAUUUGGCCUGGGUGUACAGUCGCCUUCCACAUCUGUCAAACGAUUUGAGGGCGAAAGUUAGUCACGUGAUAGAGUCUCUAUGUUUGAAUGAAGCCUUGUUUUAUACCACCAAACACAGAAAUGGUUGUUCUGCCGCGCCAGUUGUUGGUUGAUUUGAAAGUUGUUGUACAGGAAUUAUGUUUUAAAAUAAAUGAUAUUUCAU